AUGACUUCCUCUCGCCGUCUUCUUCCUCUCGGAGCAUCGCUCACUAGAGGGAGAUUUUCUUCCUGCCAAAUCCGAAAUGGAUUUCUUAGUGGUUUCCGAGGAUUCGGGACUAUCACUUCGACGGAGCCGGCGUUGGCCAAUCUAGCUGAGAAAUGCGCCGUCGCUGUGCCGGAAUGUUCUACAGCGGAGGACGAUAUCGCGAAGAUCCGGCAUGAGUUCGAGCUGGCGAAACAGAGGUUUCUCAAUAUCCCUGAAGCGCUUAAUAGUAUGCCUAAGAUGAAUCCUCAAGGGAUAUAUGUGAAUAAGAAUCUCAGAUUGGAUAACAUACAAGUCUACGGAUUCGAUUAUGACUACACAUUGGCGCAUUACUCCUCUGAUUUGCAGAGUUUGAUCUAUGAUCUUGCCAAGCAGCAUAUGGUUAAUGAGUUUAGAUAUCCUGAGAGUUGUAUGAAGUUUAAGUAUGAUCCUACUUUCCCAAUCCGAGGACUGUACUACGAUAAACAAAAAGGAUGCCUCAUGAAAUUGGAUUUCUUUGGUUCCAUCGAGCCAGAUGGUUGCUACUUCGGUCGUCGUAAGCUAAGUAGGGAGGAGCUAGAGAACAUGUACGGAACGAGACACAUAGGUCGUGAUCAAGCGAGAGGUCUUGUUGGAUUGAUGGAUUUCUUCUGUUUCAGCGAGGCGUGUCUUAUUGCAGACAUGGUUCAAUAUUUUGUUGAUGCGAAGCUUGAGUUUGAUGCGUCCUACAUCUACAAUGAUGUGAAUCGCGCUAUUCAACAUGUCCAUAGAAGUGGCUUGGUCCAUAGAGGGAUACUUGCUGAUCCAACCAGAUAUUUGCUUAAAAAUGCAAGCGGUCAGCUACUGCGUUUCCUGAGAAUGCUUAAAGAUAAAGGGAAGAAGCUCUUCCUGAUGACCAACUCUCCUUACCAUUUUGUCGAUGGCGGAAUGCGAUAUCUCAUGGAGGACUCUUUUGGACUCAGAGACUCAUGGAGGGAUCUUUUCGAUGUUGUGAUCGCUAAAGCAAAUAAACCAGAGUUUUACACAUCUGAGCACCCUUUCCGUUGCUAUGAUGAGGAGAGGGAUACUUUGGCGUUUACAAAAGUGGAUGCAUUUCACCCAAACAAAAUCUACUACCAUGGCUGUCUUAAAUCCUUCCUUCAAAUCACAAAGUGGCGUGGCCCUGAGGUGAUUUACUUUGGAGAUCACUUAUUUAGUGACCUACGAGGCCCUUCCAAAGCUGGUUGGCGUACUGCUGCCAUCAUUCACGAGCUCGAGCGAGAGAUACAGAUACAAAAUGAAGAUAGCUACCGGUUUGAGCAGGCAAAGUUCCAUAUUAUACAAGAAUUGCUCGGUAGAUUUCACGCGAUUGCAUCAGACAAUGAGAGAAGCGAAGCAUGCCAAUCUCUCUUGGACGAGCUGAACAAGGCGAGACAGAGGGCAAGAGACACGAUGAAACAAAUGUUCAACAGAUCAUUCGGAGCUACGUUUGUGACAGACACUGGUCAAGAAUCAGCCUUCUCUUAUCACAUCCACCAAUACGCAGACGUUUACACCAGCAAACCCGAGAACUUUAUGUUUUACCGACCUGAAGCUUGGCUUCAUGUGCCUUACGAUAUCAAGAUCAUGCCACAUCAUGUCAAGGUUGCUUCAAACCUUUUCAAAACAUGA